GAUCCAUCGCCCAGUGGCACACUGGCACCAAUACACACAAGAUCAGCAUGGCAAUGCGCUCAAUGAGCUUGCUGCUGCUGCUGCUGCUGCUAUCCUUCUCCGUCUCCAUCUCGACGGCACCCGUGGCUGCACAAGCCGACGACGCGGCUGCACUGCUGGCCUUCAAGGCCGCGGCGGUCGGCGACGGCAGUGCGCUCGCCUCCUGGAACAGUAGCAACGGGUUCUGCAGCUGGGAGGGGGUCACCUGCGGGGGCAGGCACCGGCGAGCGGUGGCGCUGAACCUGUCCUCGCACGGGCUCACCGGGUUCCUCUCCCCGGCCAUCGGCAACAUGUCGUUCCUCAGGACCCUCGACCUGAGCAACAACGGGCUCGUCGGGGACAUCCCCACUAGCCUCGGCCGCCUGCGCCGCCUCCAAAGCCUCAAGCUGAGCCAGAACGCCUUCUCCGGCGAGGUCCCCGGCAACCUGACCUCCUGCACCAGCCUAGAGUUGAUCAACCUCAGCUUCAACCAGCUCCGGGGGCCUGUGCCCCGCGAUCUCGGCAACAGGCUGACACGCCUCAGGGCUCUCCGCCUGUACAACAACAGUCUCACCGGCUCCAUUCCGGCGUCGCUCGGCAACCUAUCGUCACUUACCGUCCUAGGCCUCUCGUUCGACCAGCUGCGCGGCUCGAUCCCGCCGAGCCUCGGAGGCGUCACCGGCCUCCAGUACCUCGUGCUCGGCUCGAACCUCCUCUCCGGUGAGCCCCCGCAGUCCCUUUACAACUUGUCUUCGUUACAGCUGCUGGAGUUUCGGGCCAACAUGCUCCACGGAGCCAUUCCUGCAGACAUCAGCAGCAGGUUCCCCAGCAUAAGCUUUCUGAGCUUUGCUGUGAACCAGUUCGCCGGUCCUGUACCUGCUUCAAUCUCCAACCUCACCUCUCUGCAAAUACUCGAUCUCAUGAGUAACAGGCUUAGUGGGUAUGUGCCUCGAGGGCUAGGGAGGCUGCGAUCUCUGCAACGUGCUCUCUUGGGUUACAAUAGGCUAGAGGCAAACGACAAGGAAGGCUGGGAAUUCUUUGCUUCCAUGUCAAACUGCAGCAUGCUCCAGCAGCUAGAAAUCCACGGCAAUGCAGCUUUCACUGGGCAGAUACCACACUCGAUAGGGAAUCUCUCUGCAACACUACAACUCCUUAUCUUGCAAGACACUGGGAUCUUAGGAAGCAUUACCUCGGCCAUUGGCAAUCUGGUCGGCCUCCAAUGCUUUAGUGCGUGUGAUACUUCUAUAUCCGGAGUGAUUCCAGAUAGCAUCGGCAAGCUGGGAAACCUGAUUGAACUAUUUUUGUGCAACACUAGCUUGUCAGGCGUCAUACCCUCAUCUAUCGGAGACCUCUCAAAGUUGACUACACUAUAUGCAUACAAUAGCAACCUGGAGGGCCCGCUUCCAACAAGCUUAGGGAAGCUAACGAAUCUAACAGCCCUUGAUCUGGACCAGAACCAUUUGAACGGUUUAAUUCCAACAGAGAUUUUCAGCUUGUCUCUACUUUCCACAACCUUGGACUUAUCCUACAAUUUACUAUCAGGGCCCCUUCCUUCUGAAGUUGGUCGCUUGAAGAACCUAAAUUACUUGGUUCUAUCAGGAAACCAACUGUCUGGCAAGAUACCUGAAAGUAUAGGCGAGUGCAUCGUGCUGCAAGAACUUUGGUUGGACAAUAACUUAUUCGAGGGAAGCAUACCUCAAUCUCUAAAUAAUAUAAAGGGGCUUAUACGACUUAAACUGGAUGUGAACAAGUUGUCUGGACCUAUUCCUAAUGCCCUUGGGACUCUCCAUAGCUUGCAAGAGUUGUACCUAGCACAUAAUAUCUUGUCAGGGCCAAUCCCUACGCUCCUACAAAAUUUGACAUCGUUAUUAGAAUUGGAUAUGUCCUUCAACAACCUGCAAGGGGAGGUGCCUCAAGAGGGGAUUUUCAAAAAUUUCGGUAACUUUUCAAUUAGAGGGAACAACGAGCUCUGUGGUGGAAUACCUCAGCUUCAUUUAGCUCCAUGCCACAUGAGAUCUGUGAAAAAGAAUAGAAAAAGGCAAAUAAGGUCGCUUCAGAUAGGUUUUGGAACAACUAGUGCACUCUUGCUCUUAGCUUUUGUUAUUGCUUCCAUACAUUUUAUGCACAACAAGCUUAAAAGAAAGCAGAAGAGCCCAUUCGAACAACUAAUAGUUGAGGAACAAUUUGGAAGAGUUUCUUACCAAACAAUAGCAAAUGGAACAAAUGGAUUCUCCGAAGACAAUUUACUUGGUAAAGGAAGCUUCGGAGCGGUAUAUAAAUGCACAUUUCAAGAUGAGCAAACUAUCACCGCCGUGAAGGUUUUUAACCUUGAACAAUCUGGAUCCAAUAGAAGUUUUGUGGCUGAAUGUGAGGCACUGAGGCGGAUGCGCCACCGUUGUCUCUUAAAGAUCAUCACUUGUUGCUCCAGCAUCAAUCAGCACCAUGAAGAGUUUAAGGCACUAGUUUUUGAGUUCAUGCCCAAUGGUAGCUUGAACGGUUGGCUUCAUCCGAAAUCUGGUAUGCCCACUAUAAGCAAUACUCUAAGCCUAGAACAAAGGCUAAACAUUGCUGUUGAUAUCAUGGAUGCAUUGGACUAUCUUCAUAAUCACUGUCAGCCACCAAUUGUUCAUUGUGAUCUCAAGCCAAGCAACAUUCUUCUCACAGAAGACAUGAGUGUUCGAGUUGGAGACUUUGGCAUAUCUAGAAUCCUUCCAGAAAGUGCAAGUAGAACUCUGCAAAAUUCCAAUAGCACAAUUGGACUAAGAGGCUCCAUUGGCUAUGUUGCACCAGAAUAUGGUGAAGGUUCCACAGUCUCAACUCUCGGAGAUGUUUAUAGCCUUGGCAUAUUGCUUCUUGAGAUGUUCACAGGAAGGAGCCCAACAGAUGAUAUGUUUAGGGAUUCAAUUGAUCUACAUAAAUUUUCAGAAGAUGCUCUUCCGGAUAGAAUCUGGGAGAUAGCUGAUGCAUCAAUGUGGCUCCACGCAGAUAUUGAUCACAGCACUAGAAGAAGCAUAAUAGAGAAUUGCUUGGUUUCUGCCAUUGCCCUCGGAAUAUCCUGCUCAAAGAAACAACUUAGGGAGCGGGCGCUAAUACAGGAUGCCGCCGUUGAGAUGCAUCAUAUCAGGGAUUCAUACCUCAAUUUUGCCCGAUCUCAUAUGGUAGAACAUAGAGGAGUAGCAAUAACUCUGUAGUGAUUUGUGCAACGAUGAAUAAAGAGCUGAAAUUGGGCUAGAUGCCUGCA